AUGGCUUGUAAACUGUUUGGUAUGUUGGUAGUAAUUUAUUUGAUGAGUUGUGUUUAUAGCUCGCCUCUUCAAGAACAAAAGCCAUUAGACUGUCCUGCAAAUGAGGUAUACCAUAAAUGUUCUUUAGAAGUAUGUUUUAAGAAAUGUGACGAUUUGAGACAUCCGCCUCCCUGCCCCAACAUAUCUAGUGAUUGUUACUUGCCUUCGUGCGAAUGCAAAGAUGACUAUCUCAGGAACAGCGAAGGAGUUUGUGUCACAUAUGAAGAAUGCUUAGAAUUACUUCUUAGUUCUUACUUUGGCUUCGACUUAAGAGACACAAACAUGGCUUGUAAACUGUUUGGUAUGUUGGUAGUAGUUUAUUUGAUGAGUUGUGUUUAUAGCUCGCCUCUUGAAGAACAAAAGCCAUUAGAUUGUCCUGCAAAUGAGGUUUACCAUAAAUGUUCUCUAGAAGUAUGCUACAAGAAAUCGAAGGAGUUUGUGUACCAUAUGAAAAAUGCUAAACGU